AUGGAAAAAUCCAUGGUGGGCGAAGAAUCGUCGGAGGAAAGCGAACCGGCUCAGGACGAAAAAAGAUUUGGCUAUGCAUUGGAGCUGCCGUACUCAAAACAAAACUUUAAUUUCAAAUCCAGAGUAACACGCAUCGGACGAGAUCUUAUUUUAAUUGGAGUGAUCGUAUGUCUGCUGCGAACUGGCUAUGUAUCGCAAUGGGUGGCCAGCUACAUGACACAAACCAAGGAAGUAAGUCAUGUUUAAAUUAAACAUGAAUGUUGUAGAGGGUACUUUACACUUUACCGUACCGCAAGUUGAUGGCGUGUGUGCUGACGGUUUUUCCGUUCUUUGAUUGGCGUGUUUUGAUGGCGUAUGUAUUCAGUGAUUACUCCGGCGCGGUAAAGUGUAAAAUUUGAAAAUUUCCGUUGUAGAGCAUAAAGAGAAGAGUUAUAACUGCCAGUGUUUUAGACUAAGGCCGCGUUUACACGGUAAACCUACGACUAGCACUCCGUGAAAAAUUCACUACGUUUAUUAGUAUUGUGUUCACACUAUAACAGAAGGCCCGUUUACACUUUCAAUUUUUAGCUGCGAUUUUAGGUGCGAUUUUCUUCUUCUGAUGUAUGUGAACGAGUGGAUGAGUUAUAAAUGUUCAGAUGAGGAUACACAUACUCAAAACAUUCAUUUCUCAUCCACUCGUUCACAUGCAUUAGAAGACGAAAAUUGCACUAGAAAUCGCAGCGAAAAUAGCAAGUGUAAACGGGCCUAUAGACUCUAGAGUGGCUUGUCGUAGCGUAGUAGCGCACCAACUGCGGACCACCACGCGUGACACUCCAGAUGCAAAUCAAUACGCAACCUCGUACGCAACGGUAAAUUUGCCGUAGUGUCAUAGUGUAAACACGGCCUAAUAGACUGUACUGUCUACUGCUCUGCUGCCCCAAUGGCCUCGUUUUCAUGUAGUUAUUUGUUCGUGUUUCAUGCACAGUAGGGUAAAGGAUAGGUUCGCGAUUGGGCUCAAGAUUCAUGUGCGCCUACCAUGCUAGGACGGACGUACGGUAAUGGCUAAGAUGGAGGUUUUCAAGAUAGUUCAAAGUUUCAAAGUUUGCUUUAGUUAAGGGUUAAUUAAUGCUAGGGUUAGGAUUGAGGUUAGGUUUAGAGGUAAUGUUUGGAGUAUGGUGUAGAACCUAGUACUAUCAAAACUGCCUGGCUUUUAAUUCUUUUGCGUUUCAAAAAUAGCCGCCAUGUUGAAAGCCUCCCUCUCGCCCAUUCAGCAACCCACCUAGACGUGACGUCAUCUUUAAAAUGUGACUGCUUGCGAAACUCAUUGAUUAUUCAUGAAUUUUACAAGGUCCAGAGAGGUUGGAUUAAAAGCUGGUUCACUCGCGAAACCCAACAAGAGCAAAACACGCUGUUUAGCAAGUUCAAAUCACGUUUGCCGUCAGUGUCAACAGGGCUUCCUGGACUUGGAUAUGUGGUGGAAUCAGGCUUUUGGACCGCUAGGAUUUUGAAAAGUUUCACACAAAAUUCCAUUGGCUGGCUAACAAUCGUUGAAGAUCAUCUCCCGGAUGUUGGCGUAUCCUUGUUCGUGAUUGGUGGAUUCUUGUUCUUGUUGGGAUCCACCCUGAUACUGAGGCAUAAUUGGGUGUCGUCUCUGGCGAUCACCAACUGCACUCGGUGUUGGGCUGAUGCAAAUAAAUCCAAGAUGGCGGAUCUCCGGGAAGAAACACUAGCCAAAAGAGAUGUCGAACUUGCUGUACCAAUAUUCAAAUUCGUCAAAGUAUUCCCAUACCACAAAAGAUUUUCUGGAACAACGGAUUUUUCUCUGAAUUCUGUGAAAAUGAAAUUGAUUAUUCAGUUCAAUCGAGCUACACAAACUGCCUGA